AUGAUAAGUGCUCUCCGGUUAAUCCUGGCAACGACCGCAAUCAUUUGGUUACUGAAUCUGGUAUUCCACAUCUCGCGCCAACACCUCCAGCCAAAAAUUGGCAAGGUGACGAUGAUCUAUGGCGACAGCAGUCCAAUAUACGAGCGCGUCCUGAGAACCCACGUGGAACAUAGCCGUCGACUAGGCUAUCCUCUGUUUGUGUUGCGUAGAUCUAUUCUGGACGGAGGUUGGAAUAAGAACGCCAUUCUUCUGUCAAUUCUAUUACAGGAGCUCGAAAAACCGCUAGACGAGCAACUGGAAUGGCUAUUUUGGUUUGACAGCGACAUGGUGCUUAUGAAUCCAAACAUGCCAUUAGAGACCUUUCUACCUCCUCCUCAUGUUGCCGAUGUUCACAUGCUGUUGACAUAUGACUGGAAUGGAAUGAACAAUGGUGCAUUUCCAAUCCGCGUGCAUCCCUGGUCGAUCGAGUUACUCUCAGCUGCUAUAGCGUUUCCGAUCAUGGAUCGGGCGACUGCUGAGCAAGAGGUUUUGCUAAGUGACCAGUCAGUGCUGGGUCAUAUUCUGGAUGAAAAUCAUUAUUUCUCCCAGUCAGUUGAGUAUUGCCCUCUUCGAUGGUUCAAUGCAUACAUGUCCCUUCCAAAUGGAGAACUCGAUCCGGACACUCCUGAACAUCUCCAAGUUCACCCGGGUGAUCUUCUUGUUCACUUCCCGGGAACACCUCGUGAUGCUUUGAAUGAAACCAUGCAACCAUAUCUUGAAAUAGCAGAAUCGCAUUUGCCUAAAUGGGAACUGUCUGUCGAACAUACUGGCCAUAUAAAAGAGACGCAGGCGUUUUGGAAGAGUGUUCGUCCAUCAGAUCAUUGA